UCCACUCGUAUAUUCCGGUUCCUUGCGUACCAUCAGUGCCUGAGAACGAUCUCCAUCUGUCCUCACCUGAGCUCCUCCUCAUCUUCCCUCUUUACGUUUCUUCCCGCACACAGCCAUCAUGUCUGAUUACGAGUCCGACUCGGAGCCGCAUGAGCGCACGACCAUGCAGCAAGAGAAAGCGCUCAAUGCGAAGAAACAAGCCAAACGCGAAGCCGGCCUGCAGUCUGCACGGAGCCGGUCCUCUUCACGCCGCGCCCGCCGCCAACGCAUCCUCAAAGGCUUGCAGGAAGGCAAGUACAUGAAGACGGCCUCGCUCGAGGCGCUCGAGGAAGCCGACGCCAACGGCGAGCUCAACAGCAUGCAGGCCUUUGAGCGCAUCGGGCCCGACAGCACAAGUAUGGAUGGACCCGUCACCAAGGCCCGGGCGAUGCGGGGCGAGAUACCAAUGCGUGGCACCGAUCCGAAUCAGCCCUACAGAAUGCCGCAACAAUCGCAGAAGAGCGAAUUGGACAAGCAGGAUGGUUUGAAGCUGAAGUUGGAGGCAAAUCUGGAAGUCGAAGUGGAGUUGAAAGCUAGCAUCAGAGGAGAUUUGACUUUGUCAUUGCAAUAGUGCUUGAGACACUUUUAUCAGACGCCGAACAACUUUCAACGACUGAAAUGACCUUGAAUGGACCGAGGUCUGGUGCGCCUUCGUUUCUUUGCACCUUGCCGGGAGUUGGGGUGUGGUUUUCGUAAUAAACACGUCCGUCAUUGCUGGCACGGGUCUGUUGAGUCAUUCGAUGUU